CCCUUUGGCCUUGACCACGGUUUGACGGCGAUGGAAAAUGUAUCCACCUCGGAAGAAAAGUAGGGUGUUUUAAACAAAUAUCAAGGCCUGAAUACAAAAAGUCCGUUCAAACACCACUGUCCAGACACAACCACUGGUAGAUUUCAACAACUGGCACUUGGAUUUCUUAAAUAUUCUGAUCAGUUUAUAUAUUAAUAAAAAAUUGUCAACAGACAAUUAUUUAUAAACAGUUAAAAAGUUAUAUAAAUAUUCACUCUACAAAUUCAGCGACAAAAUGGAGGAAGGAGAAACGGAUUCGCCCAUUGCAAAUUACUUUGCCGGGAAAAACAUUUUCAUCACGGGGGGCACAGGAUUCCUAGGAAAGGUACUUGUAGAGAAACUGUUAAGGAGUUGUCCGGAAAUUGGAACAUUGUACUUAUUGAUGCGGCCGAAAAAUUCUCAGGAUAUCGAUCAACGAAGUCGAGAGCUUGUGGAAAAAUCGAGCGAUUGGUUGCAGAUACCGGCAUUUGAAAAGUUAAGGAAUGAUCAGCCUGAUUUCUACAAGAAAAUCAAGCCAAUAAAUGGAGACAUAUCCCAAGAUGGCUUAGGAGUCUCUGAAGAAGAUGCAGAACUUCUCCAGGAGAAAGUAAAUGUUGUAUUCCAUGGAGCAGCGACAGUGCGGUUUGACGAGCCCCUGCGUGUAGCUGUUGAGAUGAAUCUCCUUGGUAUUCGGCGGAUGGUGCAGUUCUGCCGGAAAUUCAAACAUCUGGAGGUGUUCCUCCACAUGUCCACUGCCUAUGCUAACUGUGAUAAACCCUUUAUAGAAGAAAUGAUAUACAACCCUCCUGUGGAUCCUCAGAGACUAAUAGACGCUCUCGACUGGAUGGAUGAUGAUAUGAUAGAAAAGAUCACACCCAAGUUGAUCGGCAACAAACCCAACACAUAUACCUACACAAAACAGCUGGGAGAGCACCUGUUAGUAAAGGAAGGCUCAGACUUACCCCUAGCCAUUGUACGUCCCUCUAUAGUGGGCGCGGCAUGGAAAGAACCCUACCCGGGAUGGAUAGAUAACUACAAUGGGCCCAGUGGCUUGUACAUUGCUGCAGGCAAAGGUAUCCUGCGCUCCGUGAAGGGUGACUUUCGCUGUGUGGCCGACAUUGUGCCUGUAGACCUACCUGUCAACAUGAUGAUUGCGGUGGCAUGGUAUACAUCAGUCGCCAAGCCGAGUUCUACCCUCAUCUAUCAUUGUACGACAGGCGGUACCAAUCCCUUCACCUGGGGGGAGAUGGAGGGCGUUGUGAUGAAUUUCUGGAAAAAAGUCCCACUAGAUUCCUGCUUCAGAAGACCGAAGAUUAGGGUAACAAUGAAUAGUAUGAUCCAUGACUACUGGGUGUUCGUCAGCCAUAUGAUACCUGCAUACUUCGCUGAUAUGGGGUACUGCCUCAUGGGAAAGAGGCCAAGGAUGGUGAAGAUCUACAACAAGCUCCAUAGAGCCAUGGACUCCCUUACCUUUUUCAUCACACAUUCCUGGGAGUGGACAUACAAUAAUCUGGACAUGCUCAAAAGUCAGAUGUCGCCAGAAGACAUGAAGAGAUUCUAUUUUGACCCGCGAGGGAUGCACUGGCCAACAUAUCUUGAGAACUACUGUAUGGGAACAAAGAAGUUUCUCCUCAACGAAGACCUGUCCGGGCUACCAGCAGCCAGAGCUCACCUCAGAAAGCUGAGAAACAUCCGAUACACUUUCAACACCAUCCUUCUAGUAGCUCUGUGGCGUGUACUGAUUGCACGAUCACAAAUCGCACGGAACUUGUGGUUCUUCAUCAUGGGGCUUGUGAUGAAGUUUGUGAAAUAUACACGUAUUACCAGUACAAUUGGUGGAAAAUAAAAACUCCAUGUUCAGAACGUAGACUACAGGGUGUCUGGAGCCACUGGUGGAAGGGAUACAACAUGAGGACAGUCUAUUCAUAUAUGCAGCUUAAAGCAGAACAAUAGAAAAUUCAGUCUCCCACAAUUUGAAAACUUGUUUUCUGAUCCAGAGAAAGAGAAAUCACAAGAUUCUGCUGAAAUAGAAUACCAUUCUGCAGUGCUAUCGUGAAAUACAUCUAGAAGUUCCUAGAGAACAAGGCUUCACAUAGGAUAGAUUUGGAGGAAGAUGGUUUUGAGAAAUUUGUAUCAUCAUUCAAUUUGAUACUAUGUUAUGGACACUUUAGCAUAAAAUGUUUGAUAGCUGUUGGAAAAAAAUGAAAAAUAUGUUGUUUUUUAAAGAUAUGAAAAAUCCAUAAUGUUGGUCAUGCUUUAACUUUAUAUUGCUUUAAAAUAUAUCGUAUAAUAAUAUAUCGUAUAAUAAUAUAGCAUAAAUUUAAGGUGUUGGAAAAACUUUUAUCUCAGCAAGAAAGAUUUUACUGGAAAAAACCAAGUCAAAAACAAAACAAAAAUAAAAUAUUAUUAAAAACAACACCAGAACAACAAAAAAUCACUCCACUAAAUUGUCUAGUCAUUUCUAGAAAAUCCCUGUAGUUUCUUUCUUUGAUAGUGUUCAGUUUUGCCAUCCCAUUUAAAAAAUAUUGGAGUAAUGGAGUGAAAAUUUAACAUAUAAAAAGAAAAAAAUAAGGGCUAGAUUCUUUUCUUUUUUUUCUUCUUUUUUUUUUUGACUUCAAUCCCACAUUCUGUAGCUUCUUAUGAUGUCAUUUCCUCUGUAUAAGGUCUUUAAAUGUUAGACAAUAAAAAGACCAGUCUGUGUGUACAGAAAAUGGGCUGACAUAAAACCUGUACUACAUCAAAAUGGCCUCUGUUUCAGAUGUACUUUAGUAAGAUGCUAGAAUUUCUUCAGUUUCUGAAACAACAUCAGCAAUUUAAAUGGCAACAAUAUCCGAGUGAAGGAGCUGUUUUUAUUUCUGAUGUACUUGUGUAAUGCUAGACUUCUUUCAGUAUCUGAUGCAACAUAAGUGUGAUUGGAGACAAUCUUAUAGAGAGACAGACGUUUCGUCACGGUAUAGUUAGUCAUAUUUGCGGAGAUUUUAGUUUCGAAAUUAAUAUUUUCACGGUCUUUGAAUAUUAAUAGGUCAAAAAUAAAUACCCAGUGAAUAUUCAUACAAGUUAUGAUAAAUAUUUAUUAUUUAUUUACAAAAAGGUAUCAAAGUGUUUGCCUGCUUACUGUAGAAUGUUUACAAGGUGGUGUUGCACAGAAUUUAAUACUGUAAAAGUGGAAAUAUUCGCGGUGUGGAAAUUUUCGCUUAUUUCGCUAUCAGUAAAUCUCCGCGAAAAUGUCCACACGCGAAUAUAUUAACACAUAAAAAUACUAAAUAUAAAAGAUACAAGUUAGCGCAAAAAUAUCUUGACGGCGCGAAAAUAUCCACACCGCGAACACUUUGGAAGCUUGCUAAGCGAAAAUUUCCGCACGUGAAAAUAUCCACUUUUACAGUACUUGCUAACUAGUUCUGCCUGCAGGGACAACCGAGGUCAGAAAAUGCUGUUUCGAUGUGUCCUGUAAUAAGCCUGACCAAUAAUUUACUUUUUCUGUUGGAUCCAAUGACUUACUACAAGAUCAUAUUUUAAACAAGGAAACCAAACUAAAGUUCUGAUUAGUAGCAGUCUAAAAAUAUUCCACCAGAUUCUUUACGGUGAUGUGUUUAAGUUAGAAUAUGCUCGUUUUUCUAUACUAAAACAAAUUAUGUAUGUAAUUGUGACUUGACAGCUACUUUACUCACAAAGUUGUGGCUGUCCUGACAGAUUAUUUGUAAAAAUAAUGAAAUGGUUGUUAUCAAGAAUCCAUUAUUAGUCCUGGAGAAGUUUUGUACACACACAAAAAUCUUGUGGGGUACUGAAUUUUGCAAGAAUUUAUAGUCAGGUUGACUACAGCCAUAAGACUGGUACAUAAACAGAAUAUUUAUAACAACUUGACAUCACACGGAAGGCCAUGUUGUUAUUGUUUAUGGAAGAAAUGUGUGUAGAUGUCUUUAAGAUCAUGUGUACAAAUCCAUGCUGCUAGAAUGACAAGUGAAAUAAUGUAAAUACAAUGUAAGUAAAAUGUACAAUAUACAUCUUCUUUGAGGUCAUCUUACGGUAAUAUUAUGUAUAUUAAUGUAAUGACACUAAGAGAUCGUGUGACAAUACACAGCCUAAUGUAUGUAUGUGUAUAAAUGAAAUGAGUUUAGUUUUUUAUGGAAAUGUAUGAUUGUAAUUAUAUAAAACACAGACAGAACUGAGACCUUUAAUACAUGUCAGUGGUAUGGUGUCAAGAUUUCUAACUGAAAUCACACUUGUUGUGAGCUUUAAUUGUAAAAAGAAUAGAUUCAUAUGAUUUUUUUUUUUUAUAAUUUUCCAUUCCUGUUAUCCGUCAGUAACAAAGCUCUGGAUAGUGUGAUAUAAGGUAUAUUGUACAUGACUAUUACUUUCCUUGACUUCAGUAGACCAAACAUAUGUUUCUUCAAAGACUGAUAUGUAGAUAAGUAGAUAUCUACCUUAGAUGUACCGUGUAUUUAACACUUAAAUAAGUACAACAUUCCUAUAAUAUAGGGUAUAUAUGUAGUGCUGUCCUGUACGUAUCAUAUGACUGUCAUGUGACCGUGUCAUGUGAUUUUGUCAUGUGACCUCGUCAUGUAUCAUUUGACCAGCUGUGUCUUGUCAAAUAUUUUCUUAACUCAGAAAUUAAAAAUGGUGCAAAAUAAAGUUGCUUCCUUUUCGACAAGUGCUCAAUGGAUGUUUGAGAAUUAAGAGGACAGAAAUUGUCACACCCUUUUUCUCGGCAAUCUAUAUCUUAAUAAUGUUUGCACAUAAGUGCUCCACUCUUCCAUAUAACAGUGCACCAGUACAUGUAUGUAGCACUAUUGGUUAUAAUGGUUUACUCCAUGACUAAACCCAACAGCUUAAUUAUUAGAAUCAUCUUUCAUCUGUUGUUCAUUUACUUAAAACCAAAAACAAAACAAAAAUAUUAGGUUUCUUGUUUCCAUAUGGAUACAUAUUUUCCAUCCAAAAACA